AGUAACUGCAUAGCAACUUAUCACGUGACUAUGCGAAUUUCCAUAAAUUAAUCGACUUUGCACAUUUUUGAACAAUGUUAAACAUGUUAUGGAGUAUAUUUAUAAUCAGAAUUUAAAAUAGUUGCAUACACUUAAUGUUUUUUAAUGAAAUUUUCAGUUCAGCAUAAAAAAUAUUGACAAUUUGACUAUUUUUAUCGGAAAGGGAUAUUUUAGCAGGAAACAUGGCGGAUGCGGUUGGUCACAGACUCACUUAAGCAUAAAGUUGCAGUGUUAUAAAUCUUCGACUUUCAUAUUUGCAUCGUUAUAAAAAAGAAAAAUGGUUAAGUUGACUAUAGAUUUGAUUGCACGUGGAACAUCGGGCUACACAAAAAAGAAAAGAGAUGAGACAAUGCACCAAUAUUUAAAGAGACUGACACAUCUAUAUCUAGAAAACAAAGGAAUAGAUGAAGUUGGAGAUGAUAUGUCAUUAUGCAGGAAUCUAUCAGUGUUAUACCUCUAUGAUAACCAGUUAACACAUAUUCCAAAUCUUCAUCAGAAUCAACAUCUUACCAUGUUAUACUUGCAAAAUAACAAUAUCAGCAGGAUAGAGGGACUGGCACAUCUUGUACGCUUAACAAAAUUGUAUUUAGGGGGUAAUGCUAUAACAGUGAUAGAAGGUGUUGAGAAGUUAGACAGAUUACAGGAACUACAUGUAGAAAAUCAAGCGCUACCUCCUGGUGAAAAACUGCUGUUUGACCCUAGGUCAAUACGUGCUAUAUCUGGUUCAUUAAAAGUGCUAAAUGUUAGUGGCAAUAAUUUAGACAGUAUAAAAGACCUGGAGUGCUUAAAUCAGUUAUCACAUUUCCUUGCAAUAGACAACCAGUUAAAUGACAUGAAAGAACUAGCACAUGUUCUUGGACAGUGGUAUUACCUUAACAGAUUGGAUUUAAUGGGAAACCCUUUGUGCCACAAAGCUAAAUAUCGAGAUAGGGUCAUAGUAAUGGCCAAACAUUUAGAAACCUUAGAUGGUAAGCAGAUCAGCGAGACAGCUAAACAGUUCUUGAAAAAUUGGCAUGCAAAUAAAGAGACGCAGCGACAAAAGAGGGCGGAUCUUAUACGUAGAGGAACAACGUUUAUUGAUGACUUUGCUGUGGGAGACAGUGGUGACCUGCCACCUGUAAGGGAACCAGGUAGAAUGGGAACCAUUCCGGGAUAUAUGAUGCCAGGUAACAAUAAUAACUGCUUCUUACCACUGAAACAGAGAAAAAGGUUUACCAUAGUACCUGGAGUAAAAGGAGCGAGAGUGUAUGAAAAAAAUAUAAUAAAAGGUUUACCGAGAAAACAGUUUGACGAAUUGUUGGCCAGAACGUCGGCCCUUGCAGACACGGGCAUCCAGCGGUCGGCCCCAGUCAAGGCAAGAAGUGGCCUCUUAAGAUCAAAGUAUAUUGAUACUUCCAACAGCAAUAAGAAAGAUCUUUUCUCUGGCUCUGCCCCACUUAGACGCCGUCCACUGAUGAGUGUUGCAUUUGAACUGAACACAGAAAAUUUAAAUCAGACUCGCCAUAUUCCAACUGACCUUCUUAACAAUGUCAGAUUAAACCUAUUUCAAAAUCAUGUGGUUAAUCCAUGAAAGGUAUAAAGUUUAACUUCCUGUCGUUUUUUGUUGUUAUAAAAUUUGUUCAUGAUAUUGUUUGGCAAUAUUGACCUGAGACUCGUUAAUUUUCGGAAGCUUUUUCAAAUAGUUCCCAUACUUUAUUACGACUUACUUAUUGAUUUUAAUGAUAGGAAAGGUCUCGAAACUUUAUUUUAUACUUAAAAGUCCUGAUGGCCUAGUGGUCAGUAUGAUAGCCUAGUAAUUGUGAAGUUUGAAUCCUCAAUAAACUUUUUUUUUCAGAUUUCUUCAAUUAAUUUUAUUUAAUUAUAUGCAGCGUUGGUGACUGAAUCAUUUCUUGAAUUUCUUUGCCUUUUCUUUUAAAAAAAAAUCGUAACUUUGAUGUAUAGAUAUGUAAAUUUUCAUAAUUUCAAUUUGUAUAGUCAUACAAUGGGUGAUUGGCAUGCACAAAAUCUUAGUAGUCAAGUAUGGAAAAAUAUGGUUAAAAAACCCAUAAAAAAUGUUUUGUCUUAAGAUUCAAACUUACAAUCAUCAAUUUGAAACUAUGAGUCUUAACUCCUUAACACCGAGGCUAGUUGGGCAAGUGUUGUGUCAAAAACUUUAAGUUAUACAUAAACUAUGUAUACCAUUAUGCCAUACUUUAAAAUCCGUAUGAUUUACUUUGGAAUCCGACAAUUACCGACAAAGGUCAUUGAAUAUUCAAAUGUCUCAGGUCAAUAUUGCCAAACAAUAUAAGUUGAAUUGUUUUUAUUGGCAUUUGUAAUUUUAGACAACAAUUUGUACAUAUUUUCUGUUUGUUUUUAAGUUAUUGCAGACCAUAUAAUGGUAUAUGUCAACCUUCCAGGCAAAUAGCAGAAACAAUAUAUUGUCCAUAAUAAAACUAUGAUUUACACUGUACUGUGUUUGUCAGACAAGGGUAAUAUACAAGUAAGAAAGUUACAUAGGGUAAGCAGUGACAAUUUUCUUUAUGCAUUUAUAAAUAUCACUUGUGUUAACACAUUACAUAAAAUAUGUGUUUUAAUGGUGGAACUGCAGUGUUAUCAUAAUCAGAUAAGAAUAAUGCAUUGUUUGAUGUUUAAUAUAUUACAUUGUUUUAUCUUUUUGCAUUACACAUCAAUCAUAUAAUUGAUGACAAAUACUUUUUGCAUUCAUGAAUGCUUUUCCCAGAUUUAAUAGAUUGUAUCCAUUAACAUGUAUGUGUAAAAAGCAUUUAAGUUUUAAGGAUAACAUGUAGUAGUUGGCACAAAAAUGUUUGUGUUGUUUCAAGAAUAAGAAUUUUCUCAUGCAAUUCAAAGUAGGGACAAGUUACAGUUUAUUACAGUAAUGACCUGACGGUCCUGACCCUUAACUUCUUGAAUUUCUUUAAUGAACUUGUUCAGAUUCCAUGUUUGGGACUUUCAAUUAUCAAUUUUGGGAAAAUCAAAAUGUUACUUGGAAGUUCGUCUUUGCCAACUGUGUGGAGCCUGGUCAGACUAUACUGAUGUCAAAGGCUGAUCACUUAGUUCUUGUAUUGUUAAUGAACACUGUAUUGAGUUCAUGUGAAAUAUGAACAUGUAUAUCAGUAGUAAUGCUUGAGAUAUUAAAUUUACUAGAUAAUUUUGAAAAUUGUUUAUAUAUAUAUAUCACUUGUUUAAGCUCAUUGUAUUACAAUUUUAAUCUCAGUCACUCAUGUUUAUGACAUGUUCUAUAUGUAGUAUACUUGAAAAUAAAUGUGUUCACUUUUUUUAAUGUAAAGAAAUUUAUCACUGUUCACUAAGGAUUUACACAUCUUGUCAUAUAUUGUCCCAUCUUUAUGAAAAUAUAUGGUUGAUUUAAACAAAUUCUAACAAUUACUUUAAUAUGAAAUUAAAGCAUAAAUUAUUCCAGUUGAUAAUAGUUAUUUUAUUUCAUGUAAAGGAGCUCCACUUAGGUCAAAAAGCCUAAAAACAUCAAAUGUGAAAUUUUAACAUAAGUAAAACACUUAAAAUGGAAAAAUUUUGCAAUAGAAAAUAAGAAAUAUACUCCAACUUAAAUUGAAAAUGGAUAGUUAGUGCAAUGUGUAGCCAGAUUUGAGUAACAUUUUGAUCAUUUUGCACAAUAAAAUCUGGAAAAACGGUGACUGAAACAUCUGAAAAUUUGCACACAAAUUAUUGGUUCAAAUGUACUAAUGAACACAAAUCUCAGAAAAUAUCUCUGGUCCCAUUAUGUCACAAUAGCUCAGUGGAGUCCCUUUGAGUACAAUUUUAAUGUUCAAUCAAUUAAGUGGAGUGAAGUAGUGGAGCAAAUAGAUUAUCUUAUUGUCUCAAAGCAGCACACCUCUAGAUUUAUACAUCUUUAUGAAGUGUUUUAUAAAUAUAUUACUAUUGUCAAAUAAGUUGAUUGAAGUACACCUAAGAUGUUAACUAUUCAUAGAGUUCACCUAUAAUGUAUGACAUUUUGCCAAAAUAACCCUUAUUCUAAUAUAAAAUAUGUAGAAGUAUGGUGAUGAAAAUAAUAGAUUGAGUCAAAAUUGUCUUUAACAUAAAAAAUGACAUCUAUAUCUAUAAAUGACUUAAACACUUGAUGAAUGUGUUGUUAUGACAUCUGGAGGUGUGCAGUUUUAAUAAAACUGCAUUUGCUCAAUUGUUUUUAAUAUUUAUUUUGAACUCUUGUUGAAUUAUAUCAUGGUUUUAUUUCUUUAUUUGUUUGUGUUUUAUCUUAAAGAUUUCAUUGAUAAUCUUGUCAUUUGUUCAAUAUAUUUUAAUGAUCUGAAACUUUUAUUUUAUCUGCAAUUUAUUUUGUCAUAGAUUCAGCAAAAAACGUUUUUUCCAUACCCUUCUUAUUCAUAUAUUCAUCAGAUAAUCUUUAAAUGAAUUAUAGAUUUUAUAUGAUAUAUAUUUUGAAAAAAAGCCAUUUUGUUUUUUUGCUCUAGCAUCAACACUAGUCUGGCAGUAGUACAUAUUGUUCCACCUUUUCUGAAUUAAUUAAUUAAAUUUACAUUCUUUCUCCGCUGUAUUAGUAUCAUUAGUAAACAAUAGAGUUGUACAGCAUUCUCCUGUACAAAGGAUGACUAUUUGGACAAGUGGCUGGUGAGGGGGAAAACAUUUUGCAGGAAUGAUAAAUCCAAAUAUACAUUACUUUGUACAGACAAUGCUUGUGGGUUUAACAUGCUUAGAUUAAUGUGAUAGAAGAUAAUUUGAUUCUUGAAAUAUAAUUGUGAUAAUUUAUUGUUGAUAGUUUUGGAAAGUAUUGAUAGACUAGAGUUGUUAUGCUUAAUUGCUGCUGUAAAAUAAAAUACAAAAACAAACCAA